CCACCCACGAGGACACACCCAUCAGCCCAUAAAGGGCCACUAGGAGCCGUGACGAACAACGUGUUUGUGUGUGUGCGUGCGCGCGCUCUCGCUGGGGGGAGUGUAAUUGGCGUCCAUGCGCACUGGAGGAAUUUGCGCCGCAGCAAAGUCUCGACCGCGGCGCCGACUGCGCGUCUUUGUGCGUUUGAGCGAGAAAAAAAAGCGCACGUCUUCGCGUGAGCGCACCGAGCGGAGCGCACGGAAAAAGUCGCAUCGGACGCCGCAUCUUGACGUCAGCCCGGGUCCGAGACGCCGCGCCGCGAUGUCUGCGCGCUCCAGGACGGGCUUCUACCGGCAGGAGGUCAACAGAACCGUGUGGGAGGUUCCGGAGCGGUACCGGGACUUGAAGCAGGUCGGGACGGGAGCGUAUGGCACAGUGUGUUCAGCGUGGGACCGGCGCAGCGGGACGCAGGUGGCCAUCAAGAAGCUGCACCGGCCGUUCCAGUCCAAGCUGUUCGCCAAGAGAGCGUACAGGGAGCUGCGGCUGCUCAAGCACAUGAAGCACGAAAACGUGAUCGGGCUCCUGGACGUCUUCACUUCGGAGAUCUCCCUGGACCGACUGCGGGACUUUUACCUGGUGAUGCCGUUCAUGGGGACGGACCUGGGCAAGCUGAUGAAGCUGGAGCGGCUGUCGGAGGACAGGGUGCAGUUCCUGGUCUAUCAGAUGAUGAAGGGACUCAAGUAUAUCCACUCGGCAGGGAUCAUCCACAGGGACCUUAAACCUGGGAAUUUAGCCAUUAACCCGGACUGCGAGUUAAAGAUCCUGGACUUUGGGCUGGCGAGGCAGGCCGACGCCGAGAUGACGGGCUACGUGGUGACGCGCUGGUACCGCGCGCCGGAGGUCAUCCUGAACUGGAUGCACUACACGCAAACCGUGGACAUCUGGUCGGCCGGCUGCAUCAUGGCGGAGAUGCUGCUGGGAAAGCCGCUGUUCAAGGGGAACGACCACCUGGACCAGCUCAGAGAAAUCAUGAAGAUCACAGGAACGCCGGCGGCCGACUUUGUUGUGAAGCUACAGAGCCAGGAUGCCAAAAACUACAUCAGGAGUUUACCCAAAGUGCCAAAAAAAGACCUGCACUCCGUGUUCGCCAAAGCCAGCUCCCACGCCGUGUGCGUCCUGGAGAAGAUGCUGCUCCUGGAUCCCGAGGAGAGGGUGAGCGCCUCGGAGGCGCUGGACCUGCCGUUCUUCAGCGAGUUCAGAGACGCCGACGAGGAGACGGAGGCGCUGCCGUACGACCAGACCAUGGACAACACGGACCUGCCGCUGGACCAGUGGAAACGUCACACAUUCACAGAGAUACUGACCUUCAGGCCGCCCAGAGAUUCGAAGGAGACUUCACUGUAAGGACACACCACUAGACAAAUAAAUGUACAACCGGUAGUUCACUGUUGCACAUCUGCUAACAAAACAUUUUUUCCUUGCUGAUUGUGUUUUUUAAUAUAUAUUAUUUGAAUAAAUUUCAGUUUUUACAAAGCUCA